CGGUAAAAACCGCCGAUGAACAGGUAUAAACCGCCGAUGAACAGGUAUAAACCGCCGAUGAACAGGUAUAAACCACCGAUGAACAGGUAUAAACCGACGAUGAACAGGUAUAAACCGACGAUGAACAGGUAUAAACCGCCGAUGAACCGGUAUAAACCGCCGAUGAACCGGUAUAAACCGCCGAUGAACACGUAUAAACCGACGAUGAACAGGUAUAAACCGCCGAUGAACCGGUAUAAACCGACGAUGAACAGGUAUAAACCGACGAUGAACAGGUAUAAACCGCCGAUGAACCGGUAUAAACCGACGAUGAACAGGUAUAAACCGCCGAUGAACCGGUAUAAACCGACGAUGAACAGGUAUAAACCAGUUACUAUUUGUAUCAUUAAAGAUUUUUCUAAUUAA